CUCUCAUUAUAUGCAGUGUCACAGACCUCACACGCGCUAGUACACCAAUUUUGAACCUGAGUCUUAUCGCCCCUGUACAUGUUAUUUUGUGUUCAUCGGGCCUUCGAGACAGAUUUCACGGUCAGUUUCAACAUGGACGACAUGCAAGUCUUCCGAGACAUCCUCGCCGACAUUCCAGUGGUGGAGGUGGAGGGCGUCGUUUUUCCGAAGCUGUUCGAAAGCAACCGCCCGAUGGCUGAACACAUCGAGUGCAUCCGGGCACUGGAGCUAAACGACAACGAUGUCCUUCUCUGUGCUUAUGGAAAAGCAGGCACACACUGGAUGUGGGAGAUGGGCUCCAUGCUGCUGGCUGGCCGGCCGGACUACGACAAGCGGGCCAAAGAGAACGUGAUGAUGGAGGCGAUAGAGGUAGAGAAACUGCAGGCCCUCCCGUCCCCAAGACUUCUCAACACCCACCUGUACCCCAGCAUGCUGCCCCGCGAUGUCAAGAACAAAAAGGUCAAAGUUAUCCACGUCUACCGCAAUAUCAAGGACGUGAUGGUGUCUGCCUACUUCCACUGGAAACGUGUGCCUAUAGCCACCAGGUGGACGAUAGAAGUGAUGGACAAGCUUUUCCUCGAUGAAAAAUAUGUUGGAGGUAACUACAUUAUGUACAUGAAGAAAAUGGCCGAAUUCAGGAAGGAGAAUCCAGAGGUUCCUGUUUUUAACGUCUCCUUUGAAGACAUGAAGAAGGAUCCUUUAGGAACUGUCAGGCUGUUGGCCCAGUUUUUGGGAGUUCCUGCCCCACCGGAAUUGUGCGAGCAAAUCGCUGACGCAUGUGGCUUCCAGAAAAUGAAGGAGGCCAACGACGCUAAGCAGCUUCCAGAGUGGCUGAGCAGCCUGGGUAAUUUUAACUCCCACAUGUACAGAAAAGGGGAAGUGGGGGACUGGAAGAACCACCUGACUGUGGCCCAGAGCGAGCGCCUGGACGCCGCAGUGAAAGAGCUCGAUGGUCUGGACUAUCACUUCCGCUACACUCUGUAGCUUACUGCUCACCCGCUCUUUCUUACCUUGGACUGUAGGACAAUGAGAAGACAGUUGGUCUCGAUGUACAAUAGAUUUCCACUUAUUCGCCUCCUCAUUAUAUAGCUAACAAGUGUAGUUGUAGCUUUUGCUUAUCUCCCUUUACACAAUGGGGUGGAGGAGUUUGAGAGGGGCGAAGAAACUGGGUUUUGUUUUUUGUUUUUUUAAAACUUCUCUGGUAGAAAAUAUUAAAAGGUACAACAAUAAUCAGAGAGAAAAUGACAACCCAGAAUAACUGAUUAUCACUGGACUGGAGAAAAGUGUCACCGUCUUGCGGACUUUUUUUUACUGGUUUGUUGUGACUGUGCGAUGUUACAAGGUUGUGUGAGUAUAUUUCUGCUGUCUGAUGUUAAGGGAUUAUUGCAUCGUGUUUUAUCAUGUCUGUGGUUACAGUAUUGGUGAAUGCCAUGUUAACACAUGGAAAGAAAAUAAAAACGAACGUAUUACAAACAAGAAAAAGCAAACAGUAAACAAUGAAAUAAAUAUGCGACAGAUUUCAUUUAAAUUGUUAAUUGAGGAAAUCGAGAAAAACUAAGUUGUAAAAACCUUCACCAGCAUCAGAGCUAGCAUCAUUUGUUAUUGUCAGAAGGUUUUAUUCACAGGGAAUCAGAUCUACUCGCUGAAGAAAAAAAGAGCUGUUGUUUUAUAUCCUUAGUUCGACGCACAGUAAAAUUAAUAAAUAAACGAGAUCAUACAUUUGCAUACAUUUG